CAGCAACAGAGAAAAUGAGAGCAGAUGCGGCGGGCUCUUCCUUGCAAGGGAUCCACGAUCGGACCGAAGUGCGCAUCCUACAGCAAAUAGGUUUCGGUGGGGCAUGCUGACAACUAACCCUGCUUUCCCGUCCAUACCCCCUCAAGUACUCCGUGACUAGUUAUCGUUCACACUGUCCAUUGAGGUUGGACCUAUUAGCCUAUUAUUGCCUCAAGAGCUCCGUUAAAACCAUACCCCGAGAGGUUGUACUUCAGACCCUCGGUGUCUUGCGCCAGUUAGUUGUCGACAUAGUACCAAUAUCUCGCCGCCUGCGGUGAGAAUCGAGGGGGAGUUCGCAGAAGCAUUUGAGUGUCUGAGUGGAAGACAUACUGCUGUUUAAUUCUCUGAAGUAGGAGGGGGGUGGGGGGAAGGGGGCAAGGGAGGGUUUCGAACGUAGCGGACUUAGGCUGACGCUUAGGCGAGACAUGGCGUUAAAUGAAAGGAAAGAUUGUGUGGAGACGAAGGACUGUAGUGGUAGCGUAGAUUCAUCAAAUGGAGGAGGUGAAGAAGCAAAACUUAGCUUGGAUGAGUCCAAAGAUCAAAAUUAUGCGUGGGCGCAGCAUGUGUUUGAAUCACAGUACUUGGAUUUAAGUAACUUCUCUCCUAAAGGGUUGAUAACUCCCAGACUUGGCGAGGGAGGAGAAUUCCCUGAUUUGGGGACUAUCUGUGCGUCGCCUUUGUUUUCUGAUCAAUUGAAGUUUCUUCAAAGUUGGAGUCCCAGAUUACCCCCCAAUUCUGAGUUAGUUUGGAGUCCAAAGGUGAAUAACGUGGAGAAUUCCGAGUCUGUUUCAACAUCUACACAGAGUGGCGAGAGCGACCCAGGUAGCAGUAAUCCCAUGGUGACAAGUGACUCUGCUGCCUCUGGUUCAAGAGAGGAGACAAAGAAGUCGCGCAAGCGACUCAACGUCGAGUGUACUUCGGAAGGAAGUAAUAUCUCGGGGGUCGAAGACGUGCCGAAAAACAAACGGAAUAAUUCAUCAUUAAUUAAGCAGAUUCAGAAGAAUAAGGGUCCAAAGAGACUGCGGGAGCCACGAUAUGCAAUCAAAACGAGAACAGAAGUAGACGUUAUGGAAGAUGGUUACAAAUGGCGGAAGUAUGGCCAGAAGCCCGUGAAGAACAGCCCUCAUCCCAGAAACUAUUACCGGUGCACAACUGCUCAUUGUCCUGUUCGAAAGCGAGUGGAAAGGUCCACUGAGGAUCCUGGCCUUGUCAUCACCAGCUACGAAGGAACGCACUCUCAUCCCAAGAUAAACCAAACGAAGAAUUCCUCUGGAGAUCUCAAUACUUAUGAAGCUGAAAGUCUGCAAGAGUCUAUAAGCCAACUGCAGAAGGGGCUACCUGCAAUGACAUCCGCGUUACCAAAUCUUGUGUCUCCACAGGACAAUUUGGGGCUACUUCCAAAUCUAGACAGUUUACUUACAGGUUGGCCAUCCCUAAUGAACCGCAACCAACAGCCUCCAUCCCUUCAGGACAACAUGAGCUUCGUAAUGGCGUAUCAGAUCGUAAGGCUACAAUUUGAAUUGCAGGCCAGAGCUCAGCAGCUAAUGAGAUACACUGCCGCUCAGCAGAGUCUUGCAGGUGGACUUCCGAAGAAUCCUUUCAACAUCGAUCCACAAGGUUUUACUCAAUUUCCGUUGCCGGACCUUCUAAGCUUGAUGCAGAAUUAUACCGACCUCUCCGGAGAUUCUAAUCAGUUGGAGCCGAACCAUGUUCCAAAACCAGAACCCAUAAUGCAGAGCAGUCUUCUUGCUAGGCGCGCCAAUGCAGCCAGGCUCAGGACAAGCUCCCUUAAUCCCAACAUGGAAAGUUCCCUAAAGAGGCAACAAUUCAUGACGCAACAGGGGAUGGCUGCACUACACAAUGCAGGUCCGCCUUCGGAACAGAACACGUCAGGCCCCGAUCAAGCUCCAGGGCCAGCGCCUAGUUCACGACAGUUGUAAGGAUUAACUAGAUUAGAGAAGUUAGGAGUAAGAUAAGCAUUGUAUAAAAUUUUCUUCAUGGUAGUACUGGAACUCCAUACUUCUCAACCGUUUCCCCAGAUUGAUUGGUUGAUUUGCAUAAGCUUUCAAGUUUGUUACGAUGUUUGAAUGGCAUACGAGCCGCAUGUAUUCAUGA